CCUGGUGCACUGAUUUCUUAAGAGGUCAAUGCGCCCCGUUUGGGGUUUCCUGACAGGCUACAAGGCAUCUGGAAUGGAGUUGGAGUCUAAACUAGAGGAAACUCCCAGUUGUUUCAGCAUGCCACAAGUUUUCUUUCUUGCGGUUUUCAAAUCCUCUACUUUUCUUCACUAGAGUUGCAGAUCCUCGUGAGUAAUCUCUUGUGAACUACGCUCUUCAUGUGCUUCAGAAUUGCUGGACAUGCUUUUGGACAAUUUAAGAUCAGUUGUUUCCAAAUCCUUAAGAAAGACUCUUCUAGUCAGCUGUGAGAAUGGAAAUGAGACAGUUGAAUGUGGGAUCAUGAGAAAGUCCAAAUCCUCCUCUGCAGUUGCAAUGGAUUGCCAAAGAGGCGGCCAAGGCAUGGAUCCGAUCUCCUUUGGUGGUAAGGAGGCGGCGGCGGCGGCAGCCAUGGCCUACAAGAAAAGCACAAAAUUGCAGUUACUGGAGGUAUCUAGAGGAGCUCAUGAGCUGACACAGAUGAUUGAUUCAUGGUCGAAGGUGCCAGAUCUCGACAGGCGAUCAAAAGACAUUGCAGAAGAUAUUGUGAGAGGUGCAUUGGAUCUGCAGGAGUCCUUGAUCAUGCUUGGCAGAGUUGAAAAAGCCAUGAAGACAAUGUCUCAGAUAAAGGACAGAGGACAACCAGGCUUCAUGGAAGAAAGAGGAACUGCCGAAGAAGAAGAGAUUCGCACUCGGUUAAUGGGCUCUGGAAGAUUUGAAAUCAGUGGUUACAACAACAGAUUGCAGGAACAAAGACUCUGCCAUGAUCAGUCCUCAAGAAGUCAUAGUAAGAAGUUAAAGAAUGUGACCAGAGACAGCCUUUACAGACAAAAUCUUCGGUCGAUCUCUUCUGAUGAUGAAAGAACUUCUUCGAGUCGUUCAUUGGGAUACUCAGCAAGCAAUGGACUUAAUGAUGCUUGUUAUGAUGGAAAGGGAAAAGCAAAUAGUUCACAGCCUGUGAAGGUGAAAGCACCAAACUUGAUUGCAAAGCUUAUGGGGUUGGAUGAAAUUCCUUCAGCAGCUGUCCUUCCCAUUAAGAGAGAAGGUAAGAGUGAGGAGAGCUUAAAUCCACCAAGACCUGUGUUUGAUAUCAAGGUGCCUAAGGGAGGGAGGGUGCCAAUGAUGGAGCAGAAUCCCAAUCCAAAGGGAGAGGCUCUUCAGAAUAUCAUUGAAACAGUGAAAUCUGAAGAGCUCAUGGAGAGUGAUCAUGACAAGGAUUGCAGAUUUCUGUCGAGUUCUUCGAGUGCUUCGCAAUUGGAACCAUAUGGAAGAAUUCCCUACACAAAUGAAGGAGUCCCACCAAUUAUGAUCAUGAAACCUAUGCACUUCCCAUGUCGGAAGAGAGGACAGGUCCAAAAGGAUCCUCUUUCAGCUCACAUUUCUGUACAGAGGGUAGCUCAAUCAGUUAAGUUAGAACAACAAGAGAUUGUUGCCGACAAUGGUCCACUUCUAUCCAGAAAAUCAAAAGGAAACAAAGUGAAGAGCUUAGAGGAGACAAAAGUGAAAGCAUCCCCAAAGAGCAACGCUCUGGCUUCUUUAUGUCAGAAGCAACAGAGAAAAGAACGGGUAAAAACGUUCAAAAAAGCUUAUGAGGGGCAAAAACUACCGUUAAAUGGGACAAAUGAUGGAGAGAAAAGGAAUGUGAAAGUUAUGGCGAUUCCAUCAUCUCAGGCGAAAACAACUACUAAAGCACCAAUUAAGCCUGACAAAAUACUAGGUGCCCCAGAGAAUGCUUCAAGACCAGUAAAUAUGCCAAGAAAGCCUACCAUGACAUCCCCAUUAAAACCCAAAACACAAAAUUCCACUGCUCUUGCAACAGACAACAAGACAACCAGAGUGAAACCAGUCACCAAGGCGAUUACUCCAAAAUGCAAAGGACAUGGUAAGGAAAUCAAUCCUUCCAACCAGACAGAUGAUGUAUCAACAAGGAGCAUUUUGCCUCCUGAUGAUCCCCCUAAGCAGGAAGAGGAGACCAAGACCUGCAGCAAAGAUCUCGUAAGAAAAGACUAUAAAGUAAUUUGUGAAGUCAUGCCCAAAGCCAGCAAAGGUGGAAGAAGCCCUGUCACAACAGAAGCAGCAGCUAUUCAGGUUUCCGAUAACAAUACUGCUACAACAAAAGCAGAUGGAGUAGAAGAAGAGCUGAAAAAAUUUCUCUUGAGCAGUCAACCAUUCCUUGUCCUUGCAGAAGAACUCUUCAGUUUUGAUUCUUAUCAACCUUUAUAUGAACCAAGAAAUGGCCUCGAAGAUCUUGGAGCAAGAAAUGCAAAGCUCUACUUAGGUUGUGCUAACGAGCUAAUGAUGCGUAAAAGCAACCAGAUAGAGCUCUCAAACCAUUCAAUGUCCAGAACCUGCUUAUGUAGCCCUUUAGUGCAUGCCUCUCUUGAUCAGUUGGUUGGGGACAUCAGCAGGGGAAUUGGCAAACUGAGUAAAUAUGGUGAAGUUGGCAUUGCUGUUACUUGGAAGGAUGUUCUUUAUUUAAGAUUGGAGAGAGAUCUCAGAUGCAAGGAAACGUUGUUAGAUGCUAUGUGGGAUAUUGGCUGGAGGAAUAAGUUAUGUCUAGAAGAGGCAGACCAAGUUGUAGUUCAAGUGGGGGAGCUCAUCUUAUAUAGGCUUGUUGAGGAGGUUGCUAUGGAUUUAGCAUACUGAACUUUUCUUUUGUUUGGCUUUUGUCUGGCAGACUAAACAUGCCCAGGUGUAUUUAAGCACUGAAAAUAAAAUUGUUCAUGAUCAGCUCUGUAAUAGGUAUUGUUCUUCUGAUUUUUGAAUAUUUUAUUUCUUCGAUGUCAUUUUUUUUUUUUUAAGCAAGCAUAACUUGUGCACUGUCACUCACUGUAUAAGAGAAUUAUUAUGAAAUUUGACAUGCAGUGAUUC